AUGAACCAAAAACCACAGUUUUACAAACAACCACUGUGUCACCAACGGCCUUUAGCAACCAACAACCACACUUUUACAAACAACCAUUGUGUCACCAAACGACCUCUGGAAACCCAAACGACCACUGAUGAACCAACAACCACAGUGUUACCAAAGACCUCUGAGCAACCAACAGCCACUGAUGAACCAAAAACCAAUAAAAUGCCACCAACAAGAGAACCACCAACAUCUUUCCCUCCAACAACAGAACCGCCGUCGACUGUGCCCCCAACCACUGCUGUGACACUAAUCGCACAGUGCCACCAAACACAGAAUCGAGUCAACUGUGCCACCACUACCACAAACCCCAACACAGAAACCGCCGACAACUGUGCCCCCAAACAACAGAACCCCCAAACACAGAACCGCCGAAAACUGUGCCCACCAACAACAAACCGCCGACAACUGUGCCACCAACCACCACGUGCCAUCAAAAACAGAACCGCCGACAACUGUGCCACCAACACAGAACUGCCGACAACUGUGGCCCCAACCACCACAGUGCCACCACAACAGAACAGCCGGCAACUGUGCCCACCAACACAGAACCGCCGCAACUGGGGCACCAACCACCACAGUGCCCCCAACAACAAACAGCCACAACUGGGGCCACCAACCACUACAGGCCACCAACAACAGAACCGCCGACAACUGUGGCCACCAACAACGAAACGCCGACAACUGUGCCCCAACAACAAACCGCCAAAACAACUGUGCCCCCAAACCAGAAUCGCCGACAACUGUGCCUCCAACAACAGAACAGCCGACAACUGGGGCCACCAACCACCACGGGUGCCCCCAAACAACAGAACCGCCGACAAGAACCGCCGACACUGUGCCACCAAGAACAGCCGACAACUAACCCCGACAACUGUGCCACCAACCACCAAAGUCCCUCCAACAACAGACCACGACAACUCUACCACCACCACCACAGUGCCUCCAACACAGAACCACCGACAACCUCCCACCAACCCCCAAACAGUGCCUCCAAACAACAGAACCACCGACAACUGGGGCCCCCAAACCACCACAGUGCCCCCAACAACAGAACCGCCAAAAACUCUGCCCCCAAACCACCACAAACCGCCGACAACUGUGCCGCCAACCAGCACAGUGCCUCCAACAUCAGAACCGCCAACAACCGAAUCGCCAUCAACUCUGCCACUAACCACCACAGUGCUAACAACAGAACCGCCGACAACUGGGGGCAACCAACAACAGAAUCACCAUCAACUGGGGCCACCAACCACUGAACAAUCACAACCAUACAAAGAAAAGCACAGUUACUUCAAAAAAUUGAAAGACUCGAAACCAAUUGCUGCCUCCAACGCCACUCUCACAGCUCUUAAAAAGCCCAAUAAAGCCCUGAAACGAGUCAUUGAACCCAUCGAAGAAUGGAACCUUUGUCAUCGUUCCAGUGUAUUAGAUAACAUCACGGCCGCGGUCGAAGCAGAAAGCAGCGUCGGGGGAGACCAAGUCCAGUCGGUUAAAGUUGCUCGUCAAUAUUUGCAAGAGCAAAAACAAAAUAAAACGGAUGAGCUUGACCAAAGUGGAGAGCCAGUUAGCACAACAACAGUGCCACCAACAACAGAACCGCUGACAACUGUGGCCCCCAACAAAAAAACCGCCGGCAACUCUGGGCCCCCAACCAGCACAGUGCCACCACAUCAGAACCACCGACCCAAAUUGCCACACAACAGAACCGCCGACAAAUCAGCCAACAACAGAACCGCCACAACUGUGCCCCCAACCACCACAAAUGCCUCCAACAGAACCCCCAACACUCUGCCACCAACCACCACAGUGCCACCAACAAGAACCAUCGACAAAUUUGCCACCAACCACCACAUGCCUCCAACAACAGAACCACCGACAACUGUGGGCCAACCAACCACCACAGUGCCACCAACAAAAGAACCCCCAACAAAUCUGCCACCAACCACCACAGUGCCACCAACAACAGAACCCCGACAACUGUCCACCAAAAACAGAACCGCCAACAACUGUGCACCAACCAGCACAGUGCCACCACAAAUCACCGACAACUCUGCCACCAACCAGCACAGUGCCACCAACAACAGAACCACCGACAACUUGCCACCACCCCAGAACCCCGACAACUGUGCCACCAACAAGUUUGUUGGGGGCACAGUUGUCGGUGGUUCUGUUGUUGGUGGCACUGUGGUGGUUGGCGGCAGAGUUGUCGGGGGUUCUGUUUGUUGGUGGCACAGUUUUUCGUUGUCGCGGUUCUGUUAUUGGGGGCACUGUGGUGGUUGUGGCACAGUUGUUAGCGGUUCUGUUGGAGGCACUGUGGUGGUUGGGGCACAGUUGUUGGCGGUUUUUGUUGUUGGCUUAUUACUUGGACAUAACUUCUUACCUGUUGUUGCUGCUAACUGCUCUCCACUUGGUCAAGCUCAUCCGUUUUAUUUUGUUUUGCUCUUUCAAAAUAUUGACGAGCAACUGAACCGACUGGACUUGGUCUCCCACGACGCUGCUUGCUGCUUCGACCGCGGGCCGUGA